AUGUCAAAUCCCACUACCAAUGGGCCAGGUACCGAGCUUCCGACCUCCGCUCCAACACUGAGCCCUCCACCACCCCCUAAUCAGGACCAACUGUUGCAAAUAUUUGCAAUCCGGGCUCAAAAUGAUUAUGAUGCCAUGACCCUCUACGCAGCUAUUAUAGGUAGCGUCAUUGGGAUGUUCAUCGUCUUCAAAGUCAUCGAUCACUUGGGACGCAAAGCCAGCCUCCGGCAGUACUCGGCUGCUGUUCGGAGUCCUUUCAGUCUUUUAGUCAGACUCCUGAUGUUAAAGGUCCGCGGUGCGCCAUCUUUAGGCCAUGUCAUACUCUUCGCGACUUAUGUUGGGCUGAACGUGGGCUUUAUGUUUGUGUACAUUGACGACAGCGUUCUGUCGUUGCACGUUAUCAUUGCUGCUCGAACGGGAUGGCUAGCUGUUGCCAAUAUCUGCUUGACAGUGUUUCUCAGUCUGAAAAACACGCCUCUCGGUUUUCUUACUGGAUGGUCCUACGAACGACUGAACUCGCUGCACCGAGUCUCCGGGAUGACCUCACUCAUUUUGGUCAUUAUACACGGUGUCUCAUACUCUUCCUUCUUCCUGGAUCAACAGAAUUCCGCCCGAUUGCGCGUCAAGGAGGAAAUCUUUGGCAUCGUGGCAGGGUUUACCGUUCUGAUGGUUGUGGCCGUUGCCCUCACCCUUCAACGCCGAGUCUACGAACUCUUCUAUUUCUUGCACAUCUUCUUUUUCGUCGUGUCAAUGAUAUUUAUCUGUCUUCAUCAUCCGACCGCGGGGGAGCGAGUGAUCAUCGCGAUUGGUGUCGCUACAGGCAUAUGGCUCCUCGAUCGCGUCGUUCGAGCAUCUCGACUUGUGUAUCACGGCAUCAACAACUCGGCGACAUUACAACCGCUCCCAAACGGCGGUACAAGGGUUAUCUUACACAAGCGACUCGUCGGCGCGAAAUCCGGAGAACACGCAUUCCUCUGGAUUCCUGGAAUUCGUCUGCUGCAGACUCACCCCUUCACGAUAACCUGCACUGAGCCACUUGAAUUCGUUAUUGCCUCGCGGGAUGGUUUCACUCGUGAUUUACAUCAGUAUGCUGGGAAAAAUUCCGGUGCAAUCAUGAAGGCAUCCGUUGAAGGACCAUAUGGACAAGUCCCGGACCCUUCUCAGUAUGACAAGGUUUUGAUCUUCGCCGGCGGCAGCGGAGGCAGCUUCGCUUUUGGCAGUGCUCUUCGACUCCUGCAAAGCCUCGAAGGAUCUGUCAACAAACACGUUACCAUAGUGUGGACAAUGAGAGAUUCCACCUUCUUGGAAUGGUUUUCACCUCACCUAAACAAUGUUGCCAAUGCUCAGGGAUUCAAAGUUUCCAUCCACAUCACGGGUCAGACGGAACUUAGAAAACUGCCCCGCAGCCAGGAAGUCCAGGAAUCGAGUAAUUCGUCAACAGGGGCGCUGGUGCUGGAGGAUUUGGCAGAUGAAACAUCCAAUUCUGAUUUAUCGCAUCAGAAGACCUCGCAACAGCACUUGGCCCAUGGUUUGCCCGUCCACUACGGCCGUCCUAUGGUCCACGAUCUUGUGGCCCAGGCUGUGGAUGGUAUGUCUUUCAGCCAAAGUGUUUUGGUCAUGGGGUGUGGGCCGAGCAGUUUGUUGGAAGAAGUGAGGCGAUGUACAACAUCCCGGAUGGUUACAUGGGGUCCUCAGGUGUCUCUUCAUUGCGAGCAGUUCGGGUGGUAG